AACGGUGAUGACGACAGCGCGUACAUCAGCAGCUGGAAACAAGAGGUGCCCUGGUUGCGCGGUUUGAACGGUGAACAGAAGUGCCUGCCAGCACUGUACCCGGAGGCUCCACAUCCAAAGGACCGGAAAGCUUUGGUUACGCGUGCGUUUCCUGUUGGAUCGGAGAAGGAUGUUGCGCUAUGUCUCUCUCUCAUCUCUGUUGUCAAAUUUUUUUUAGAGAUGCGGCGCAUGUUGUGCCAUCCUCACAUCUUUGCAGCGCGGUAAACUUUACAGGCGAAUGAGCCAGAUUUGACCAAUUAAAAGUGCCAAAAGGGACAGAGAAGACAAAGUUCAUUCACUGAAAAUGUCCACGACGCACCUAAGCUCCCCGGCGCCCAACCAGAGCUACCUUUCCACGACCACCUACGAGCAGACAGACCCCUCGGAGGUGGAGAGGCAAAUUCGCCUGCUGCUUUUCGGCUUGUGCGUAACCAUCGCGGCUGCUACCUUUGUCGGAGGGGUGUAUUCGCUCCUCUCUCUCCUCCGGAUGAGGAGGAAAACCUCCCUGUGUCUCAUUGUGGCUUCCAUGUCGGUGGACGACCUGCUCAGUGUGGUCCCUCUCUCCAUGUUCAUGCUCCUACAGUGGGAGAGCGAUGGAGGUGGAGGAUCGAGCAGUCUGUGCACUUUAUCCGGACUUCUGUACGUGUUCCAGGGUGUUUCAAGCAAUAUGAAGGCCUGCCUGAUAGCAGCCUACACUUUUUAUGUCACAAAGAGAUUUGGAGUGCUCCAGUCUGUCCGCCGGCCCUUGAGAGUGAUGUGGGCCAUAGCCGCUGUGUGGGCGGUCAGCUUGGCCGUCAGUGUGUUACCUUUGUGCGGAUGGGGCAGCUUUACGCCGGCCUCUCUUGGGUGUUUCCCAGAGAGCGACAGUUUGUACAUUCUGCUGCUUUUCUCUUUAUAUUCCCUGUGUUUCUGCGGCUUGUUGUUUUUCUUUAUCCCCCUCACCUACCAGCUGCUGUGCUCCAGAGAACCCCAGAGGACUUUACUGUACCCGAGCUAUUUGGAGAUGGCGAGGGGACUAAGUGGAUCCGCUCCCCUCUGUGAUCUCCAGUCCUUCUCCCGGGACAGUCUGAAUAAAAGUUUCGGUGCCUACAACGAGCUGAGCCCAAGCUCAUGUGGGACAGUGUCGGAGCUCAGGGGGAAGGAGAACAGCGGUCUGUCCUCAGUGUCUGUCAGCGGGCAGAGGGCAGCAGCUGUCGGGGACACACCAGUGGUGUUUGCACAAAAGCGCUUCUCCAUGAUACUGGCGGUUGUUCGAGUUAUUUUAUGGAUGCCAAUGAUGACUUUGGUGCUGGUGCGCCACACAGUGAAUGCACGCAGCUCGCCCCUUGAGACUCUGAGCUUCUUUCUCACUUUGCUUGCCCCUGCGGUCACGCCGUUGUUCGUGCUGUCUGAACGCUGGAUUCACAUGCCAUGUGGCUGCUUCAUUAACUGCAAACGGGAUCCAACACAGGAACCCUCAGUGAUGAAAAGAAAAUUUGAGUUCAACCUUUCCUUCCAACAAGGCUAUGGAGUGUAUAAGUUAUCCAAUGCCACCAUGUCUCAUCAUAGUGCGCCCAUUGAGACGCCGGCCUAUCACAGCCUCUUUAACUGUGACUUCCCUAACACCCGCCUCGAUGCACUAGAGAGUGGUGGCCUCUCGAGCUUGGGGCCCAAUUUUGAUUUCAGCACCACAUGCCCGGUGGACAGCUCCUCCCAUGCAGACCUCCUAUUGGAAGCUGUGGCCGGUGGAGGAGAGGCGCUGGCUGAUUGUCCCCCACUCCCACAUGAGAACCAUGGAGAUGAUGAUGACUUCCGCUGUGUCCCUUCCAUGCCCUCUCAUCACCGGGAGCAGGAUCACAAUCUCACUGACACGUCAUCGGUGUUCGAGGGGUCAGAGAGGAGGCUGUCGCACGAGGAGUGUCGCAAAAUCGAGCUGACAGACUGGGAAUGGUGCAGGAGUAAAUCCGAGAGAACACCAAGACAGCGGUCAUCAGGUCUGUCAAUCCCCCUGUGCGCCUUCCAGGGUACCGUAUCUCUGCAAGCACCCACAGGAAAAACCCUCUCUCUCUCCACCUACGAGGUCAGCAGCGAUGGACUCAAAAUCUCCCCCAAUAAUGCCAAGAAGGUGGAAGUGUACCGCUCCAAAUCAGUUGGCCACGAGCCCAGUGCAGACGACCCAGGAUCAGGAGGCCAGACUGGAGAUGUGCAUGUCAGCAGCGUAGGGAUGGGUAUGGAAAUCGGAAUGGGCAUCGGAGCUGGUGUGGGGGACACCAAUGUCAAAAUCCACCUGGAGGUUCUGGAGAUCUGUGACAACGAGGAGGCCAUGGACAGUGUCUCCAUCAUCUCAAAUAUCAGCCAGUCCUCCACCCACGCUCGCUCACCGUCGCUGCGUUACUCGCGAAGAGAAAACCGCUUUGUUUCUUGUGACCUUGGAGAGACGGCUUCUUACUCUCUGCUCAUCCCCAGCAGCGGCAACCCAGAAGCGGAGACCAUCAACAUCACUAUACCAGACACUGUGGAGGCCCACCGGCAGAACAGCCGGCGACAGACGCAGGGAGGCACGGGAUAUCGUGAGGAGAUACAGCUGCUCAAUGAGGCUUACAGAAAGCAAGCUGGGGAAAUGGAAGAGUGACAGCACAGGACAAGAAAGUGGCUCUCAGAAGUUAAGAGAGCUCUAACAGAAAUGGAUAGAAGACAAAUUUCCUAAUCAUUCCAAAUUUACUUCUUUCUGAUCAACACUCUAAUAGAACAGACGGGUGACCCAAAUUGAGACUUAGCUUGAGACUGUUAUAAUAGUCUGUUUGCCUACUCUUGUACUUCCUCUUCAGAUAGCUUCAUGAGAACACAUGUACACAUCACCUGUCUGUAGAGUACAUAGAGAUAAAUUAGGCUGUAAAUGAAGAUAGUAUUAAAUUGGGGUAAACGAGAGAGAGAGAGAGAGAGAGAGAGAGAGAGAGAGAGAAACGGAGCCAAAGGAAGGGGAGAGUGAGAGAGAGAAACAGUAUUGCGGCAGAGCAUCUGUAUUCCUGCCAAGACUUUCACCAUAUGGCAGUCUCUCAUCAUAAAACAGAUACAGCGAGAGAGAAAAUUAACUUAGACGUGGAAAAGGAGGGGCCACGGUUCAGCCACAUGUCUGACAUGAAGCUGCUCCUCAAGACUACGUCACCGAUGACUCAGCUGUGAGGGGAGGGGUCAUCUGACCCAUGUGUCUGACUCAUCCCUGUGUGUGUCGUUGUGUGUUGUGUUUUGCAUACUAAAGUAGACUUGCCUAUAAGGAUGAAGGUACUGAUGUGAGAGAGUAAUGGUUUGUGGUGUCAGCCGCCAAAAGUGUUCAUACUGUAUGUUUCCCUUAUAAGAAUGUGUUUAUUAUGCUUAUAUUUCUUUGAAUUGUGGAGUGUUUUCCUUUUCACCUGCUGCUGCGUGUCCAUCAUGUAUUAUACAAUUAAUGUUGCUACAAUCAAAAAAGACGUAGAGAGAGAGAGAGAGAGAGAGAGAGAGAGAGACCACUAUCCAUGCUGGAAAUCUAAAACAGGAGGAGAGCAAAACGACCCGAGAAGGAAACAAGAGGCAAGCCUUUGUGGGAGAGUGCAAGUGAUUAUUGAAGAUGAGGUCGAGAGGAUACUUAUGCAGAGCAGUUUUCUGCUUCAUGCACAUUCAGUGCAAUUUAAAUGAGUGACAGUGUGCAUAUUUUACUACAGUAUGCAGCAUAUGAAUGUACAUUUCAGAGCCACUUUGGGGGAUCAUCUCUCGUUCAGUUCACUGCCCAUCCAAUCAGUGUGCCACCAGAGCCUCUCAGUUUCAAUCUAAUGGGUGCAUAAAUUCAGGACUGGAUCAAAUUUUCAUAGAUAGCAUUGUGUAUUUCAAUACCAUUUUUAAUGCUUACAUGGACUGUGAACAUCUGUCAGAAGCAUAUAAAUCUUUAUUCUCUUUCACAGAUAUCAGUAUAUCCAUCAUUACUUAUAUGCACAUUUACAUGUACGUUUGUGUAUACAAACAUAGUAAAAUAGGUAUAAUAGACUAAUUUAAGAUAUAUAUUCAUUUACAUUUGUUUUAUGAUGGUGUCUUUUAAAUGUCAGUUGUUUGCCCAGUUGAUCUUGAACACAUCAGCGGCACUUUGUGGACUUCAUUUGCAGGCUUUUGAAUUGUUCUGUAGCAAGCCCACUUUAUCAGCUGCAACAUGUUUCAUCCUCUUGAAGAAUGUUGUCAUUAAAGA